UUAAAAUUGACUUUAUUUUCUUUUUUCUAAUAAACACAUGAAUGAUAAGGUAAUAUGCAUGCAAUACACUCACAAAAUCAGUUUGAAUGCACCACAUUUGUGCUUAAUGUUGCCACAGUACUUUUGUACUGAAAUUAACAAAGAAUAUUAUAAAGAUCCUUAUUAUGACAAAUAGUAAAGUAACAAUUUCGGCUUCACUGCAAAAGAAACUCUAGGCAAUAUUUCGGUUCCUCUGAACCUUCUGGAAAUCCAGAAAUUAGUGCCCUUAAAUUUUCCUAUUGUGGAACUUCAAUAUAUAUUUCAAGUGCUUUUAAAACCUUCCUUUAUGAACCAAUGACUGCCUUCAAAGUUAUAGCAGGAACUUUCAGGCUCAGUUUUGGCUUUUGAAAAGGUGCUCAACGAUUCUCCAAAGGUCAUCAUCAAAUGUAGCUUUUCAUUUUUACAUCUUUUGACCUUUAUUUAUCCUCAGUUCUCUGCAUGAUGACAAUCUCCAUCGCAUGGAAAAGGAUGAGUGGCCACAAAUGCAAAGGCAGUGAAUGAAUGAGCUCUCUCCUGGGACACUGUCUUUUUGCUCAGGGUUGCAGGUUUCCCCCUCCACCACCGCCCCUGCGUCAGAUGAUGCUCGCGCUCUGUGCCUAUAAAAGAUGCCGGUGUGACAUCCAGACUGGCACUCUCUCUCUCUCUUUCUCUGUCUACCCGCAUCCACUCACUUCACUCACUCGGUCUGUGUGAUCUUGAGCAUUCCAGUAUGAGUUAUUCCGGCGACAUGUACUCGAGCAGCUCAUACAGGAAGAUUUUUGGUGAUGCGCCACGGCGCGUCCCCGUGGGCAGCAGCCCGUCCCGGGUGACGGUGAGCUACCGCUCCGUACCCCAGCAGCAGCACCACCGCACCUACGGCUCUCCAUCCCCCAUGAUCACAUCCUCAAGUUACCGGACCAAACUCGGAUCCAGCCGCGGCUUCCAGCCGGACACCGUGGAUCUGACGCAGACCACCGCCAUCACCAACGAGCUGAAGAUCAUCCGCACCAACGAGAAGGAGCAGCUGCAGGGCCUGAACGACCGCUUCGUGACGUUCAUCGAGAAGGUGCACAACCUCGAGCAGCACAACAAAGUUCUGGAAGCGGAGGUCGCGCUGCUGCGCCAGCGCCACAACGAGCCGUCGCGCCUGCACGACCUCUACGAGCAGGAGGUCCGCGAGCUGCGCGCUCGCGUCGAGGAGCUGACGCACGAGAAGAGCCAGAUGCACCUGGACUGCGUGCAGAUGAACGAUGCGCUGGAGCGCGUCAAGGAGAAGCUGGAUGAGGAGACCCGGCAGCGGGAGGAGGCCGAGAACAGCCUGAAGGGAUACCGCAAGGACGUGGAUGACGCCACCCUGUCCCGCCUGGAGCUGGAGAAGAAAGUCGAGUCCCUGCUGGAUGAGAUCGCGUUCCUCAGGAAAGUGCACGAGGAGGAACUGCAGGAGUUACAGGCGUCACUUCAGGCCACCCAGGUGUCUGUUGAGAUGGACGUCAGUAAGCCUGACCUUGCUGUGGCCCUGAAGGACAUUCGUGCCCAGUACGAGUCUCUCUCUUCCCGCAACCAGCAGCAGGCAGAGGAAUGGUACCGCUCCAAGUUCGUCUCCGUGACGGAGGCGGCGGCGCGUAACAACGAUGCUCUGAAGCAGACCAAGGAUGAGCUGUCCGAGUACCGCCGACAGCUGCAGGCCCGCACCCUGGAGAUCGAGUCCCUGAAAGCCCAUAACGAGUCUUUGGAGAGACAGCUGGCUGAGAUGGAGGACCGCAACAACAAUGAGAUCGGCGAGCUGCAGGACACGAUUCAGCAACUGGAAUCUGCUCUUCGGAGCACAAAAGGUGAGAUGUCCCGCCACCUGCGCGAAUACCAGGACCUGCUGAAUGUCAAGAUGGCACUGGACAUUGAGAUCGCAGCCUACAGGAAGCUGCUGGAAGGUGAGGAAUGCCGUCUGAGCUCUGUGAGCGGAGCCAUGAUGCAGUCCGCCUACUCUUAUCCAUCAAGCCGCACUUAUGCCCUAAGCUCCUACAGGAGGAGUGUAGCCAAACCUGAGACAGAGGAAGAGGAAGAGCAAGAAGAGGAGGUGGAGGAGGAAGAGAAAGAGGAGGAGAAGGAAGAAGUAGAAGAGGAGGAGGGAGGAGAGGAAGGAGAGGAGGCCGAGGAAGGAGAAGAACAGGAAGAAGGAGGCGAUGAGCAGGAGGAGGAAGAGGAGGAGGUAGAACAAGAGGAUAAGAAGGAAAAGGAAAAGGAGGAUGAGAAGAAAGAAAAGGAAGAAAAGAAGAGUCCAAAGGAGCUGAAGGAGAGCGAGAAGGAGAAAGAGAAAGAAAAGGAGAAAGAGAAGGAGAAGAAGAGCGAUAGCAAGGCAGAUAGCAAUAAGGCAGAUAGCAAGAGUGAAAAGGGGGACAAUAACAAAGACGAAAAGGCCGCUGAGGUCAAGGGCAAGUAAAGCUGCGUACCAUCACCGCUUCCGCCACAUCCGUCUGGACCCCUCCAUGUCCUCUUUACCUCUCUGUCACUCUGCCACACACAACACCACCAAACAAACCUCAUCUUCUCAUCUUCACUUUCAUUUCAUUAGGUAUGGCUGAUUUCAUCUGCUGAUGUAUCAGGAUCUCUGCGGGAAAGCAUCGAGUCGGUAAUGAAAGCACUAAAACGGAUGUUUUCUGUAUAGCACUCAAGAGAUUAAACAGGGUCUAUGCAGAAAGUAUAUGGAGUAGUUCACCCAAAAAUGACAAUUUUCUUAUCAUUUACUUUCUUUCAGUAGGAGAUAUUAGGCAAAAUGUCUGAGUUUCUGUUUUUCAUACAUUGGAAGUGGAUGCUGAGUAAACUUCCAACCUCCAAAAGGACAAAAAAUAUUGUCUACCGUUAUUUUGCCAAGUAGGACAUGUUCAUGGAUCAACAUAUUUUGUUGGUCCUGGAACAACAUUCCAGUCCUAAAAUUUAGUCUUAACCCUAUCCUUACCUCUAAACCUAACCCUACCCAUAAGUUAUCCCUAAAAUCAGAGGGAAAUGAUAAGUGAAUGACACUAAUGUAGAAACACCUAACCUUAGUUGUAAGCCUAAACUUGACAUAAACUGUACAACCUGUCCCUCAAAUCUGAUUGGUUGAUUGGAAUGUUGUUCCAGGAUCAACAAAGAUGUUGAUCCAGGAACAUGUUGUACAUGGUGAAAUCACGUUCACAGCGAUUCUGUAUUCCAAGUCUUCAAUAGUCACAUGAUUUAUGUGACAAAUCCUGAAAUUCAAAUUAUUACUCUGAAAUCGUGAGGUCGUGUCAGGAUAGGUCAUGUAAUGACAUAGCAGAACAGUGCGCCAUUUUGUUUUAACACAAGUGCAAAUGAGAUUUGUGACCUCAUAUGGACCACCUUUAGGCACCGUUCACACAGCAUGUUUUUGCAUUCCACUUUGCUGAUUUUCUAUAAUUUUUCGAUGUAAACAUGCACUAGAUAGACGUGUUGGACCAUUGCGUUCGCAUCUUGCAUCUUAUGCAGCGUUUCAUGCAUGAAGCAGUGCCCUAAAUAUGUUAAAAGAAGUUUCAAUUUGACAAAACACCUCUCUAGAUCUUGCUUUUUAUUUAUUCCCACUACCCUUCAUCUAGCGUUUUUACGUGUACCUUUUUGGCAGUAAAAAUCACCAUCCACUUCCGUAUGGAAAAGAGAAACUGUUAGUCUUAGCUACAACAACAUUUAGUCUAAGCCAGGGGUGUCCAAACUCGGUCCUGGAGAGUUUUGCUCCAACUUGCCUCAACACACCUGCCUGAAAGUUUCUAGUAUGCAUAGUAAGACCUUGAUUAGCUGGUUCAGGUGUGUUUAAUUGGGGUUGGAGCUAAACUCUGCAGGACAGUGUCCUUAAAUAGGAUUUUUUUUGUUGUUGUGUGCAUCUUCAACCAAAUUGUGCUCCAUACUCCAAUCCAGUAGGUGGCGGAAAAUGCACCUUAUAGUUGGUUUGCCAACCGCCAUUUAAACAACAGAAGAAGAAGACAGUGGUCUAAGACACCCCUGGUCUAAGCUAUUCUUUGUGUCGCAAUAAAGACAAUAAUACGGGGUCAGAACGACAUAAGGAAGAUUAACGAUGACAAAAUAUUCAUUUUCGUGUCAAGAUGGCAACGUAAGUGAAGAUCAGACAGCAAAGACCCCAUUCACACCUGGUGUUCACGUGCCAUUAGUAGUGCAGGACAGCACAAAGGAAGGUGAUGCCAUGCAAGGCAAAAUUAACUGGUUCCAACCUCUCGGUGCUAUUUGAUUUUAAAAAUAAGUGAGUUUGGACUUUGGAAGAGGUAAUUAUUCACAGAGCAACAGCAUAUCCAUUAUAUAGAGCGUCACUUGAGUCCUGAAUGUAUGUCAUGAGCCAAGCACAGGGCCAGUCCACAUCUAUUUUUCCAGCGAUAUUAGGGCAUCUAUACCCACAUGAAUGAAAUUGUCCAAGCUCAUUUCAUUAAGUUCACUCAUAGGGGAAAGAAUGUUUCAUUCGCAUUUUCAUUCAAAGCAUGCAUCAUUUUUGAACUUUAAUAUAUGCAUCUGUCCACCCAUUCACGGUUUCCUUAAUUGCAAUGGUCACAGCACGGCAAACGUGGCGGCAUGGAGUUCAACGAGGUUGGUGAGAUUAAAGAUUAAACAUUUAUGGAUUUCUUGGGGAGGGUUUCAACGUUUAGAUUUUGGAGAGAAGAGUACACUGUGCAUCUGUAGUGUGGGAAAAUCCUUCUGCAAUUUAGAUUCUGACGCUUUAGAGACGAUUGCUGCUAAAUAUCCCUCUAUUCCUUCCUGUGUUCAAAAAUGACCUCCUCUUGAUUGAUUCAUUCGUGAUGGAGCAGAUCUCACUGUUUCUGAAGUUAAUCUUCCUCUCUCUUAUUCUCUCUUUCUAAUCUGUGGCAUGGCUUCCUUCUGAAACUAGACGAGGUUCCUGUCUUUAGCCUUUUCCUUUAGUGUUUCUGCUCACAAAUGUGUGAAUUUCAUGAGAACUUGUCUGGGUCGCCCGUGAAAUCAAAAGAAAAAAGUGUUUUGCAUGAUGAAAAUGAAGACUACUUUGAGGACCAUUAAGAUUCACUGCGCCUGCUCCCAAUGUCCAGCUAACAGGGAACGUUCUCAGAACUUUGGCUAAUGUUCUGGCAAGGUUCUCUCAAAGUUAUGAAAAAACUUUAAGUAAAGUUAGUGGAACAUUCAUUCGGAGUUAUCAGGUCUUUAAUAAUGUUCUCAAAAUGUUAGCACAAAAAUGUUAUCUAUACAUUGUUCAUUAACAGUUUAGCUGGACAGUCAUCUAAUGUUUUUGAAAUGUUUCAGAACAUUCAGAGAACAUUCAAAAGUAACGUUCCCAUAAUGUUUGCAAAAUUGAAUGUUACUUUAACGUUCGCAUAACCAAAAAAAAAGAAAAAAGUUUUUAAAACAUUUUAAAAACGGGAUGUUUUGAAUGUUAGGAGAACUUUAAGAAAUUACAUUUUCAUAACCUAACGUUAGCAAAAUGUUCUUACAACAUAUAUUUGUUAGCUCUCAUUACCAUAAUGCAUCUGGACAUUUUCCUUUUUUUAUUUCUCAUUACUUUUCUUAUUAUUCUCAUUAUUUUUACUGUAUUAUAGUAAAAUUACUACUGUAUUACAGUAAAAAUGCUGUAAUACAAUGAUUUUAAUUCAAUUAAUUAAUGGACCCUUUUCAAAUUUCCAGGGUUCUCAGAAGUGGAAGUCAUCAUAGUUAGGUAAACUUCUAUAGCGGUGAAUGGCAGAUGACAGCAAAUAUAAUUUUUGUAUUUCCAUUUUCAUUUUUUUAAAAGUGAAAAUAUGAAAAACUUUACUAGAUUUGCGAUUUAGUCAGUGAAAAGGGUCCAUAAGCAUAGGUAAAUUAUUGGCAGCACAACAAAUUCUACCAUGAUGUAUAAAUAUUUUACCAUUUAUAUACAGAUUUUUUUUUUAUCACUUUAUAGUAGUGUAAAUUGGGAGGGAUUUAAUUGUCAUGAAAAUGCAAAAAAAUCUUAAUCGUCCUUUAUUUUCUUUGUGCAAAAUAUUUUCUUUUUCUUUCUUUUGGUUUUGGGGUUAAAUACGACUUGGACAUGUUCUUGACACAAUGGAAGACAGAAAGCAUUAGCCUGUGUACAUGAAUUUGUUUUGUUUGUGUAUAUUUGUUGUGUUUUUUUCCUGUGUGUGAGUGUGUAAAAGAGCUUUCAGGCUUCAGGAAGCAGUGUAAACACUCAUGUUUUCUGCGGCACUGCAGCUGGUCGUGACAGGUCCGGCUCUCUUCUCACCCUGCAGUUGACAGGCUGGCCAUAGAGAGGGCAGAGGGGUCACAGACAGUUACACCUACAGCCAUAGAGAAGGGCUAUUAACUGCCACAUUAUUACUCCAGAAAACAGCCACUACAAGAGCCCAUUCAGACAGCUAUAUGAACCAUCGCCAAUGACCCUUCACAAUGCAGGCCUGCUUGAUUGAAUGUUUAAAGGACGCACAUUCUGUGAUAUUAUGAUCAAUUUAGAUUUAUUUACAGCUGUGCGAAAGUAUCGAGAUUGUUUCUAAAAUGCGAUCUGAUCUUCAUCUGUCACAAUAAAUAUUCUUAUGAAGCAAACAGCACUCAAUACCUGACUAAAUCUUUAUUUAACAAAUGGUUAAAAAUAUCAACAUCAUGGAUGGAAAAAUACCUAAUGAAUCCAGUAUUUUGGCACAUUUGGAUCAAAAAUCUUCUGAUUAAUGCAUCUUAAAUGGGUGUUUCGGAUCACAUCACACCAUCUCAGUUGGUCUGACUUCACCAUUAUGUCUACUUGCAUAAACCUUUGUGCAAAUAAAGAGUUAAAUGUCUGCCCACUAGCAAACUUGGGUAUUUGAAUCAAUGUGAACAAAUCUCUUGAUUUUGGGAAGGCAGUACAAAUCAACCCACACCUGACUGGAGAUGCACCCUCAUUAUCCUUGAUUUUAACUUUUUCCAUCAAUGGUCUUGAUUUUUUUUUUUUUUUUUAACACUUUAAACAUCAAUAAAUAUAUGGCAAUUGAAAAUGUUACAUGUGUUGUUUGUUAAAUAAGACUUGCCCGAUGAGACUGGAUCACAUAAAAAAAAAAAAAAAAACAUUCCAAAGAGUUCUCAAAUGUUUUCUCUUGUAUAAAUUAAUUCAUUGGCUUCACUCUAAGAAAAGUCCAUAAAAAUAGAGUCCAAUACUAUGUUAAAGGUAGGGUAGGCAAUUUCGGAGAAGCUAGCAAUAACAAGCUAGCUUUGAAAGCAUGAGAUCCCACCCUCCCUUCGGAGCACUUUCCAAAGCCACGCCUCCUCCAAAACACAUGAACGCACACAACAGUGUCUGCAAAGCGUCAUAAGAGACAGUGUUAAAUUACCUCACGUCUCAAAGCACAUAACAUUACAAUAAUAAUCAAUGUAAACAACAUACAGAGCUCUUACUUGUGCCACCUGACUGCUGCAGAUUCAUUUCAGCGUUGAUAGUGUUGACACAGAAACACAUAAAUCUACAUGAACAGCUCCAGGUAGAACGUCAAGGGUUGGCAUAUCGUAAUUACAGUUAUGACAUGGCGUGAACACAAUGUUGUUUUGGUUCAGGAGGAACAGGCAGCUGCUGUUUGUUUUUGUGGUUGCACGUAGAUAUGGAAAUAUAUGUUUACAGGCAGGUAGGACAUCGUAUCAUUGCAUUCGGACCGAUGAUACAUGUACGUUUUAAUAUUUAGACCACUUCUAUUAUUGAUUGCUAUCAGGAUGUGAAGAGAGUUUGAACCAGAAUAACAAAGUGUUUAUGAAAAAAAUUGCCUACCCUACCUUUAAUAUAAAGGACUUUCUGUAUUGAUUUUCCACAAGUAUUUUAACCAAAUUUUGAAUUACUCAUAACAUUGUAUUGUUUUAGAGUUACAGGAAAUGUCCGGCACUUAAUGGAUAAUGUCCUGGUAAAUUACUGGUAUUUUUUUCUUACAGUGUGGAGAAAGUGUGGUGACAGUGAUGUUAAAGUGAGUUUACUAUUCGGACUCAAUUUUGCAGCAACCUUUAGGACUUAUUAUAAUCCAAAAGUGUAGAAGAGGAGGGAAGAGCCAAGAGCAAGAUUUCCAAUAAAUGUAGCAAUUAUUCAUGAAAUGAAUAAAUCAAGAGGAGUUUCAAUUUGCAUGGCUUGAUUCACUUGGAGCUUGACAAUAUGAGGGGGUGGGAUAGAUUUGCUUGAUGUGUGUAAAAAUGUACGUAAAUGCCUUAAUCAUGAAUCUAAACUGCUUAAAAGAGUCCUCACGUUUUCUGCAUCUCGACACUGUUUUAGAAAUGGUUCAGGAGUGCUGACACUUUAACUGUAUGGCUGCUAACUGAUACAGUGAUGUUCCCCUAAAGCCAAAUAAAGCCAUUUAUCAACCAAACGUA